UUCAUAUUAGUACAGUAACUUGUUUACAUGAAUCUUUUCUUUUCCUUAAACACGAUCACAUUCUGCUAGCUAGGAAAUAAAAACAUAUGAUCACCUGUGCUAUGCAGCCAUUAAAUAAAAAUGAUAUGCUGUAUUUUUCGUGUUUGCUUCAUGGACGAGAUAUUCUGAAGUUGUUUGGUCACUUAGACGCUGCAAGAUGUGACGCACCUCUUUUAAUCAAUACCGCAUUUGUUUAUUUGCUUGUGGUAAAUCUACAAACAGAUGUUUCCAUGACAUCGUGAUCAAUAUAUUUGAAUUUGGAUGACUAAUUCUUUUUCCACGUGUUGAGUGUAAACCUUCUUAAGUUACGGUUUUUGAAUGCACUAUCGGAUGGAAGGUGCUUUAGAAGCUAAUAUUGUAUUUUUCUGAUGUCCUUUAGCCAAAUGGAGCUGGUUAUUACGCUCGUUAUAAUUACAGAGGGCGUGGGGGAAGAGGAACUGGGGUUUCCCACCGUGUGACAAAAUUUACAGAAGAUUUCGAUUUUAUGGCAAUGAAUGAAAAAUUCAAUAAGGAUGAAGUAUGGGGUCAUCUGGGUAAAAGUAACAGAUCCCAGACUAAGGAAGGGAAUGAAAAUGGCGGCAAUGAAGAUGAUGAUUCAAAUGAUGAAGAUGAUUCUGAACUGCCAAAGAUUGAUAACAAGUCUGUUUACAAGAAGGACGACUUUUUUGACUCGUUUUCUUCUAAUGCCCUUGACAACGAAUCAAAUCAUGGAAGGACUCGGUAUUCAGAGCAAAUGAAGUUAGAUACAGAGACAUUUGGAGAUUUCUCAAGGUAUCGUGGUGGCCGAGGAGGUCGUGGUCCUCGUGGAGGUGGUGGUGGUCGGUUCCGAGGCUCUUACUAUGGAAGAGGGGGUUAUGGUGGCGGUGGCGGUGGCGGUGGAUAUGGUGGCAGGGGCAGCGGUGGAUAUGGUGGCUACAUUGGUAGGGGCCGUGGUCGAGGUUUUUCUAAUCGUACCUCUUAAAGCAAAGUGCAUAUGUUGUGCAUAUUAAGAGUGAGAGCUAAUGUCACCUUCUCCAGGAAUCGAUUCAGGACUUGCUUGUAAUGCUUGUGCAUUUCACAUUUAGUUUGAAUAAUAAAUUGGGGUAAAAUCUUUGAUUUUCUCUCUGGUGUCAACUAUUUGUCUCUCUAAUAUAUAAUGUUGCCAGGAGUUUGAUAGUUUC